AUGAACAAUUCAACAUCCACUACAAAUAAAGAAAUACAGCAAAUAGAAGAACAUGCAAUGCUUCCGAAUAAUGAACAACAAUCUUUUUCAGCAAUUAUGGAAUAUCAAUAUGGGCAACAAUCUCAUUAUUUUGGACUUGAACAGUUAGCUCGACACAUACAAGGAAAAGAAUUAUUUGAAGAACUUGAAGAUGAAUUAUGGAAUGAAUUAGAAAAACUCGAACAAAAUGAAGAAAAACAAAAAGAGAAAAAACGAAAAUGGCAAGAACUUUGUUUAGACUUAUUUGAAUUAGAUGAUGAAUUUAAUGAAGAAUAUAUGCAACAUCAAAUACAAAAUACACCUGUUGAAAAUAUGGAAGAUGAACAAGAAUGGAAUGUGGAGCCAUCUUCAAUUCAACAUAAAGAAAAAAUAAAAGAAGAUGUUACAUUUGGACCACCUGGCUUUGUUGAAGCAUUUGAACAUUUUGGUGUAUAUGAACAUCGCAAUUAA